AUGGCAGAGCCUCGUAUCCCUGUGAGUAUUAAUCACCACUGCUGUCGAAUCUGCAGCGAGGUCCUCAGGAACCCCGUGACUGUUCCAUGUGGACACAACUUCUGCAUGCAGUGCAUCCAGAAGUGCUGGGAUAAAGAUAAGAAGAACAACUGUUCCUGCAGAUGUCCUGAAUGUGGUCACAUUUUUCAGUCCACACCUCACCUGAUAAAGAACACAACACUCGCUGAGAUGGUGAGAGAUACGGAAAAUCCUGGCAGUGAGAAGAGGACAAAGGAGCAUUCAGGAGAGUCCUUGAACGUCUCGAGGAGACCCCGCCACUGUACAGAAACAGGGAUGUCAGGAAGUCAUUUGUGUUGGAAACACAGCAGCCCCCUGGAUGUUUACUGCUGUACCGAUGACCAGAUCAUCUGUGCGGUCUGUGCCUCAGCCGAGCAUAGUGGACACAGAAUUGGGUGUGUGGGAGAGGAAAGGAGGAGAAAACAGGAGCAGCUGAGGAACAUCCAGACAAAAUCCAAACAGAUUCUCCAGAAGCAAAGAAAGAAAUCAAAGAACUUGAAGAAGAUCCUCACACAGAUUCAGGAGGAGGCAAGACAAACGGAGGACUACUGUGAAAGCGUGGUGGUCAGUGUCAUCAGCUCCCUCCAGGAACACUACCUCUCAGUGAGGGCGCUGAUUGGAGCUCAGGAGGAGGAAGCAACAGCUUGGGUUCAAGUCUCCAUAAAGACCCUGGAGGCAAAGAUGCAGGAGAUGAAGAAGAGGGUCUCUGAGCUGGAUCACCUAGCGGAGGUGGACAGCAAUGUCCAUUUCCUGAAGGAAUGGCCCUCACUGCAGCGUCUCUGUGAAGAAGACCAUCUCAACCCUUUCGAUGAGGUCUCAGAGGAUCCGCUCCUCCCUUUUGAGUUUACAAAGAGAACUGUUGAACAGGUCGGGAAGCGCCUGGAAGAAUUUUGUGACAAAGAAUUUGCCUCAAUUUCUGAAACUGCUGACAGAGGAGAGGAAUCACCAGGACAGAUGGAGGAGGAUGACAUGCAAGAAGAAAGAGAAGCCAGUGUCUCACAGUCCUGUGUUUUCUCUGCAGCUGACAGAACUCUGACACAACCGAGUGUGGAGCCUACAACCAGAGCAGAGUUUCUGCAGUAUGCAUGUGAGCUCACCUUGGACCCUGCCACGGCUCAUGUGGACCUGGUUGUCUCUAAUGGCGACAAAGAGGUGAUGCUGAUAAAAGCUCAGGAAAAAAUCAGGAAUUCACCAAUUCGUUACCCGGAGAGAUUUGUCCACCGGCGGCAGGUGCUGUGCAGGGAAGGACUACAGGGCGAGCGCUGCUACUAUGAAAUAGAGGUGGUCGGGGACAAGGCUGAGAUUGCCCUCACCUACAAUGGGAUAGACAGAAAAUCCCGCUCUAGACUGUCAGCUUUCGGAGGCAAUGCAAAUUCCUGGAGUCUCGAUCGAUACAAAAACUACUCUGUAAGUCACAAAAGUGGCAGCAUCCAGCUCACAGCGUCCCCCACUCAUCACAGGAUCGGGGUUUAUCUGAAGUUCAGAGAAGGAACUCUGUCAUUUUACGAGGUGUCAGACAGUAUGAACUUUCUUUACAAGGUUGAAGCCACCUUCAAAGAGCCGCUGUAUCCAGGAUUCUGGCUUGGAGAGAAAUGUUGCAUUAGGAUCUGUGAUUUGAGACAGAGCUGAGUAUAAACAACCGAUAAGUUCAUAGACAGUCCGUGUUAGUUUGACGGCAACUUUAACUUAAAAAAACCUAAAACUACUUGACUGUUAAAGUAUGUAACACAAUGUCAUGGCUGUAUUUUUUUUAGACUUGUUUUGAGUUGCGUGUGGGAUUACACAGUAUAGUCACAUAUACAUACGAGUUUAUAGUACACAGCAAACUUCCUUUGACUGUCUCACAUUUUCAUAACAUCCCUGAUUAUCCUAUAAUCGCAUUUCCCAUGUAAACUUAAUUAUUCACUUUUGAUGACUCAAUUUUGAACCAGAAAAAUCCAGGCACCUGACAGCAGCUUGUCCACUCUUUAUUAUUAAUAUUUUUGUGAUGUUCACAAUAGUUUUCUUUUUGUUUUGUUUUUUUUACAAUAAUUGUCAAUAUCAUACAAUCAUAACAUGACUGAGGAAGGAGAAAGAGAGAUGCUGUAAAGGGACAUUUCUAAAUGUGUCUCCUGUACAGACAGUGCUUGAAAUGUGUGCUCAGUAAGGCCCUGCACCCACAGGAAAUAAGGAGUCUACACACGAAUAUACAGUACACACACACAUUUGCACGCCUGCACACAGGCACACACACAUGCACGCACACACGCAUGCACGCACACACACACACACACACACACACACUUUAGUGUCCCCAAAAGUAGCUUAUGACAGAAACUCACAUGUUGUUUGAGGCCACUUUUGGGGACAUUAUAUAGAUAUUAUAUAGAGAUUAUAUAUAUAAUCAGUUCCUGGAGAAUUACCCGAACCCUAACCACCACUUGCCUAACCUUAACCUAACCCUGACCGUAACCGCUGACCCAAAAAUCGUCUUUUUCCCAGUUGGGGAGACAGCUUUUGUCUGUAGUCCCCAAAAGUAGCCUAUGACUAGCACACACACACACCGCUCACUAAUAUACACACACUCCAGCACUUUUAAGGAAGAGUCAAACUUUCCCUUUGGUUAUAAGGGGGGUGGAUCAUAAUCAUUGCUGUUUCACUGACACUCAGGUGAUGAGCUUUUCUUUCUACCAUAAUUAUUCUGUAGUUUAAAUAACCUGAUAUUGCUUUUAUACUGACCUUGUAUUUACUGCUAUGAGGACAACAAAACAAAUACUAUUUUUUUUGCAGUCCUAGUGAAAAAAGUGCCUUAUUCACAUUCAUUAUUACUGUAUGUUACAUUUACUGCUAAAACAGUUACUUUUUAAGACAUUGAUAUACUUAACAGGAAUAAAAUCUAUCCAGAAUAGUUUGGUUACACAAGAUUAUUUACAGACUUGAACAACAGAGAGAUCUCUACAUGAUACACCCACAGCAGGAAGUACCUGGCUCACAGAAACUAAGUCAACACAAGAAACAAAACUUCAAGUUUAUAGCCACACUAGUUGACUUUUGCACUCAUAACACAGCAGGAAACUACAUUUCUGACUUGAUGAAUGAGUGAGCCAGUUUUACUAUUCUUAGCUCUACCACUAGGAGGAAAAAAUGCAAAGUUUGGC